AUGAGCGGCCCAAAGUCGAUCAGCUCAUUCGGAGAAUCUACAUCGGGAAGCUAUUGCAGCAACAGCAACAGUGACAGCAGUCAUCAGUCGAUUGGAGGUGGUGGUACGCGAUGUGUGCGAGGCAAUCAGACUGGUAUGGAUGAAAGGCAAAGCGUGGACCAGUCCAGUGUUCGAGGAUCAUCGCAAUCAUCCUCGUGUGAAUCCGAGGCUUCCUCGAAUGAGGCAGAAGUUCUUUUCCCGUUCGUCUGCCAAAAUCGUUUCGUGAACGAGUUUGAAGAGCUGUCAGCAAUUGGCAAAGGUGGCUUCGGUCAAGUUACACUCGCCGAAAAUCGCUUGGAUGGACGAAGGUUUGCGAUCAAACGGGUUGGUCUUAAUUUGAAGAACCAGACGUCGAAGACUUUGCAGAAGUUUUUGCGUGAGGUGAAAAUCCUAGCGCUGCUGGACCACGCUAACAUCGUUCGGUACUAUCAUGCAUAA